UACAGCUAGCUGGGACGCGUGCGCGUGCGCGAGCGUGUGUUCAUGCACGCCCGUGCCGCGCACGCGGACCAGCGAAGUGCUCCCCCUAGCGGCGAAAUCUGCGCGUGCGCUUGGAGAAACGACCCAAAACAGACGGGGAAAAAAACAGCGGAUCACAUCAUCGCAGCUGGAGACACGCGCGUGCUCGGAUGUGCGUGCGUGUUCAUAUGACAACAUUAGAUAUGAAAAGGGAGGGGGAGCUGUUAUGACAAAUAAGACGCACGCAUUCUUGUGUCAUCUUGUUUUUUCGAUUAUUUUACACCCACCGGAUUAAAGAUUUGACCCCCUCUAUCCUCUUUUUGUUAUUUAAUCCUCCUCAUUGACAUAUCAAUGUGCGGAUCGCGCGUUACGCAACAGUAAGAGGAGCUCCACUCGGGAAAGCUGCUGCGCGAUGCAAGGACGAAAUUAAAUCUGAUAUAUUUUUUUAGUUUCCUUUUUUUGGGUGAGGGUGGAGCAGCCGAGGGGUCGUACUGUAAUCCUACUGCCAAUCACGUCAAAGAGACAGACCUGGCAGCCAGAGAGUGGAUGCACAUCAUGGAAGUGGAAGAAACACUGGAGGAAUGUGUUUGGAAUCCACUCUUGGACCUGACAUUUUAAUGCGACUCUAACAGAAUAUUACGGUAAUUUCCCUCAUUGCUUGCUUUAAAAAAGUGUCACCGUGUCUUUGUUUUGUUUACUUCUUUGUUUAGCCGCUUUCUAUUAAUUAUUUUUAUCCAUACUGUUUUGGGAUUGCUUGCUGAAGGGGCUCGCUUGCAUGCAGCACUUGCUUAUUCUCAUUCUAAAGGAUUAUCCUACAAAGUAAUCAGUGGAUGAAGCAACGUGACUGGAUCCACAAUUCAUAUCUUCUCACCGUUCCUAUCCGAUAUUCAGAGUUGACAUUUGAUAACUCAGUUUUUUAAAUUUUAUUCUUAUAGCACACAGGCAGAUUUGAUUGUGCAUGAGCAGCCAAUGGAGGAGGAGAAGGUGGCGGGAGGAUUUCAAACGGAUUCAGCCUCGAGGUUACCCUUGGGCUCAGUUCUCCCACAGUCCUCUCCAGAGAGCUGGGGCAAAUCGGAGAGCGAGGUGAAGCCCAAUGAGAAAGGUCAAGCCAUUGUUGCAUCUUGCCAGUCGGGUCCAUUAAGCAGCAGCGAUGAAGAGGAGACAGAGGAGGUGGAGGUGAAAGUUAAGUUGGAGAUCCACACCCCACCAGCGCACCUCCACGAAGAUGAAGACUCAAAGAUGGAAACAUAUUCCCUCUCCGACAUUCCGCCUCCUAACCUCAAUAAGUACAAUCCUGUCACACCUCCUCCACCACCUGUGCUUUCCUGCUCCAUUGUGCCCCCUAGCCCCCAAACACCUCCCCCUACCCUACCACCAAGACAUUGGGCACCCCCAAAGGGCUUCUGGAGGGUGGCCCGCCCUGAGACAUUACUUCUAAACGGCAUGGACCCCCAUAACACUGCCAUCGCUUUACCCUGUAAGGAUUACACUCAAGGAGAGGAAAAAACAGCAGGCAGCGGAGGUUUCGUGCGGAAUGUGGCGGAUGAGGCUUCCUCAGAGUUGAGCCAUCCGUGCACGGAGGACGAGCAUGAUGGCUUGUCCACAUCCUUAAAAGGCAAGGGCCUCUCUUUUGAUGAGAGAGUAAAAGUAAGGCAAAACGCUGAUGUAAAAUUGAAAGAAAGACAGCCAGACUGCAAAGAAGCACAAUUCAGAGAUGCUGAAUAUGGAGAUGCAGUGGACAGAGUGGAUUAUGAAGAUCAGGGUGCCCAAGGGGGGUUAGAGGACUCAGUCAUUCUGCAGGAUCUCGAGCCUUAUUUGAGGUCCCUCUUGGUAAUCAGCGAUGAACUCCCUUUAAGCCCAAGACAUGAGCAAGCUAAGCGUCUCCUGGAGCGAGCGCGACUCAAGGCUCGCUCCAACCAUGUCAAAGGUGACCACCAGAGCAGACGCUCCCAUUCUGAUCAAAGAGCCACUUUUGGGAAACAGCAAGUGGAGGCUGACAAUCCAGCAUUGGUUCAGAAAGUGGCUCAAGACAAAGAGGAUCUUACGGUUCAAAGUUCGACUGGUCCCCUCCUCGUCCCCGACCAAGCAGUCACCUCCCCCGGGGAACAGGUCGGUCGAUUGAGACGUUACGGCUGCUCACCCACUCGAGUACGCUUUGAGGAUGAAUCAGAGAGAGAAGCAGAGUCUCGGUACUUAGACAGGUUGAGACAGCGUGGUAGACCUGCAGGGCCUAAAUCUAAAAACAUCAACAGUAACACGGAUUCAAGCGGUAGUAUUUCAGAGAGGAACAGGAGUCACAGGAGUGUCUCGAUGCCUCCUCUCCAGAAGCAAGAUAUCGGCAUCAAUGUUGAAACCUCAACAGUGAUCCGAGAGAUUAUAGUGUUGGUGAAAAAAUGCGAGGCGUGUGGUUCUGUUGUGAGAGAACCUCAGCCGGUGUCCUCACUAACAGAUCCGCAAAUUGUCCUGUCACAGCAGAUUGUAAACCCUGAGGACACAAGAGGCAGAACGGUGCCUUGUUGGGUUUCUCCAACCAAACCAGAAGUCAGCACCCGACCUAAAGCUCCACUGACAGUCAAGUUUGCAGGAGCCUUUGUUCUGGGGGAGAAUAAAGAAAGCAGCACAAGCUGGAAAUCAUCUGGAUUUGGGAAGCUCAGAAGAAGGAGCAGGAAAGGAGAAAGUCGGGUGGAAUCUGGCAACGGCCCUUAUGGACCAUCCUGGGCUCAGAGACGUAACUCCAAUCCAAGGAGCAGAGUCAAUUUGAGCAGAGCUGUUUCCUUCUCACCAGACAGCCCCGUGACUCUGGAGCCACGUAUGGUGGGCGCCUCCAGCGGGAUGAGAGAAGCACCCACCCUUCCUAUCAAGUCUGCUCUCAAGUCAAGCUCAAGGAACCGAGCUGGUCAGUCAGCCAUGCAGUACCAGGUUGUUCCAAAUCAGGGAGGUGAUGUCGGGCCUCAACAUUUCGGCCUUUUGGACUGUCCAGAUGCACGGAGGGAGUCACCUGCAUCUGUAGUGCAAGGAGCCUCUGCUAUCAGCAACCCAGCGGCAAGUAUCAGGCCUUCUACGCUUAGAUACUCUCCUGCUCGCCUCAACCCAGACAACCCAGCUGCCGAAGUCUGGGAUGCCCCUCUGAAUGGAGCAGUCAUUGCGGACACCAGUGCUGGACCAGAAUUCCAUCCCGCAAUGCGAAACCUGGCCUUGCCCCGGGCUGAGGAUCUCCGAGCAGAGCUUUUGAGAGCUGAGCAUCUGAAAGCUGAGGCUGUAUGGGAAGACAACACAGAUGGGGCCAGAAAGCUGGAUGCACGGCCGAAGCUUUUCUUGCGUCGCUUUUUCUCCUCCAUCGGCCUAAACAGCGUUGGCAGACUGGUGAAGGGAGGCCGCUCCAGCAGCAUGGAACAGCUCAGCAUUCCCGCCACGAGAUCCAACACCACUUCCCCAAGCCCCACGCGCAGACCGCAUCCCACCAUCCGCAUACAAAGGACGCCCUCGCUCCAGACCCUGCACACGGCGCUGCCUCUGGCCCAACUGCGUAAAGCCUCCUCCGUGCAGAGUUUAGAAAGGAGAACAGAGCGAACAACCAUCCUUGGUGAGGUGCAGAUACCUUAUGGCCUAGCACCAAGCCCUGACAGCCCCCACCUGGAGCUCCAUCGGACCCUGAGUGUUGAAGACAUUCUCCCCUCCAGAGUGGUGCGACCAGCGGGUAGGGUUUCUCAGGCUUUCCCUGACGGGUCUCUUCUCUUGGAACUCAUCAGACCCCCAAACGGUCCAUUUGGUUUCGUCAUCUCAAGAGGCAAAGGCAGACCUGACACAGGUGUUUAUGUUGAAAAAGUGGGUGACGGAACAGGUGAAGUUCCCUACGUGGGUCUGCUGGGUGUUGGCGAUGAGAUUGUACAAGUGAACGGGGAAGUGGUGGCGGGACUCAGUCUGGACCAGGUGACACGGCUCAUGACGCGGGAAAGCGUCGCCUGUCUUCGAAUUGUGCCAGCCCGACGCAGUCCACGAUGAAUGGGUGACAAACAACAUGGCAACCCAUCGAGUCCACAAUGUGAACACUGUUGUUGAACUACAUACGUUAUGCAGUGAACCACCCGGAUAGUCAUGGUUCAUCUUUAAUUUUUAGGGAACCUGUUGUCCUAAUUUGCACUCAAACCAUCCCUCAUUCUAAUUAUUUUUGCUGUUUUUAUGCUCAGGUCGAAGCUAUAAUGAAAAUAUUUUUGCACUUUGUCCUGUUUUAGUACUUUUCUUGAUGUCAAGAAAGUUUGUUGAAGUUUUUUUUCCCUCUCAUCCCAUGACAGCAUUUUUUAACAUUUUUUAGUUUACUUAGUUCAGUGUAUACUUUUGUGCAUAUUAUUAAUGGAUAUUUAUUUUGAUAGAGUGGUAUUAAAAAGUAUCUGAACCUUUUGGAAUUUCUCACAUUUCUGCAUAAGAUCACCAUCAAAUUUGAUCAAAUCUUUGUCGAAAUCACACAGAUGAAAAAAACUCUGCUUUAAUUAAAACCACCCAAACAUUUAUAGGUUUUCAUAUUUUAAUGAGGAUAGUAUGCAAACAAUGACAGAAGGGGGAAAAUAAGUAAGUGAACCCUCUGUCUAAGGAGACCUACCGGUAAACCAAUUUUUACCAGACAAUUUAAGUCAGGUGUGUGCCCAAUCACUGAUGAGUGGUUUAAAGCUGCCCUAAAACACACACCUGGUAAGAAUUGCCUUGAUAAGAAGCAUUGUCUGAUGUGCAUCAUGGCUCGGUCAAAAGAGCUGUCUGAAGACCGAUCAAGGAUUGUUGAUUUGAAUAAAGCUGGGCAUAUAAACUGGGGAAGGAUACAAAGCCAUCUCUAAAAGUCUGGAUGUUCAUCAAUCGACGACAGUCAGAGAUGUUGUCUCCAAAUGGAGAGAGUUUGGCACUGUUGCUUCUCUCCCAAGGAGUGGACGUCCACCAAAGAUGACACCAAGAGUUCAGCGCAGAAUACUUAGGUAAAAAAGAACCCUAGAGUGUCUGCUAAAGACUUACAGAAAUCACUGGCACAGUCUAAUAUCUAUGUGGACACAUCAACUAUAUGUAAAACUAAAGCAAAGAAUGGUGUUCAUGGGAGGACUCCAUGGAGGAAGCCACUGCUGUCUAAAAAAAUAUUGUUGCUCGUUUAAUGUUUGCAAAAAGGCACUUGAACACUCCACAAAAGCUUUGGCAAAAUAUUUUGUGGACUGAUGAAACCAAAGUUGAAUUAUUUGGUAGUAACACGCAACGUAAUGUGUGGAGGAAAAAUGGAACAGCUCACCAACAUCAACACCUCAUCCUCACCGUGAAGCAUGGUGGAUGGAGCAUCAUGAUUUGGGGCUGUUUUUCUGCCUCAGAGCCUGGACAACUAGCAAUCAUUAAUGGAAGAAUUAAUUCAAAGGUAUCCGUUUGUCGUGCAGGAAACCUGAGGCUGUCAGACAGUUGAAGCUAAAAAGAGGAUGGCUGCUGCAACAAGACAAUGAUCCAAAAUACAGAAGUAAAUCAACUUCUCAAUGGUUUCAGAACAAAAUACACCUUCUGGCAGACUUGAACCCCAUUGAGAUGCUGUUGCAUAACCUCAAGACACAAGUCAUGCCAGACAUCCCAGGACUCUGACCGAACUUCAGUUUUGUAGAGAAGAAUGAGCCAAGAUUAGUCCUGAUCGAUGUGCCAGACUGAUCUGAAGCUACAGGAAGCAUCUGGUUGAAGUUAUUUCUGCCAAAGAAGGUGCCACAAAAUAUUGAAUGUGAUGGUUCAAUUACUUAUUUUCCCACCUCCUGUUAUUGUUUGCAUACUAUCCUCAUUAAAUAUGAAAACCUAUAAAGGUUUGGGUGGUUUUUGUUAGCAGAUGAUGUUUUUUCAUCUGUGUGAUUUUGACAAAAAUCCCAUCACAUUUGAUGGUGAUUUUAUGCAGAAAUGUGAGAAACUCCAAUAGGUUCAGAUACUUUUUCAUUCCACUAUAUUUGAACAGUAGAUCCAAUUAUCAUUUCAACUCCAUAACGUGGAAAUCAUUCAUAAACAGAAAUGACUUGUAAAGGUUGCAUGCAGCAAGCUCCAGCAUACUGCCACACUUUAUUUAUAGUUAUCUAUUGUCUUAAAUGUCACCAUGUGGUAUACAGUUUUAAACUGGCAACGAAAGGGGAAGAAAUUAAGAAUCUUCAAUGAACCUAACAUGCAUCGUUUUGGAGUGGGGAGGACGCCAGAGUACCCGUGCAAAGCAAUCAGCAAAGACUUGAGAAAUUAUUUACUAUUAUUUUUAUAAUAUGGAUUUGGAGGUCACAUACUAAGAAAAUUCACCCAAAACAUGUUCAAUGAUUUAAAUUUCAAGGUGUAUAAAUGUACAAGGGAUACGCCGUAUUUUCGUUUGCAGGCAUGUGCUGUUGUAUAUGUUGCGAAAUAAAGAUUUUAU